AUGAUGAUAGAGCGUUUGGAGGAGGAGUUUUCCGACCCUGCGUUGAUUCGAUUGAUGGCAAAAAUCGCCUCCGCGUGCACGGAAAUUUCAGACGCUAUUCGAGUGCAAGCGAUCGAUGACUCGAAAGAUGGGAGCGGAAAUUUGAGCGGACGCGCGGAGAGCACGAACGUUCAAGGCGAAGAACAGAUGAAAUUAGACAUAUAUUCUCACGAUGUGUUUGUAAAAGCGUGUAAAGAAUCGAAUUCGUGCGUUGGUUUGAUUUCCGAGGAAGUGGAAGAAUACAUCGACUUGAGAGAAGGAGGAGGAGAAAGAGGUAAAAGAGGAGAACAAGAAGGACUCGCGCCUUCGUCUUCAUCGGAUCAAAUACACGACGGAGGACAAGAAUUAGGAGAAGAAAAGAAAUAUAUCGUCGCAUUCGAUCCGUUAGAUGGGUCUUCGAAUGUAGCUUACGGCGUUUCCGUCGGGUCCAUUUUUAGCGUGUUUGAAUAUAAGACAACCGGCGAGGGGGACACUAGAAAUCCAAUCGAAGAAGUUUUAAAGCCGCAAACUGGACGCAACGUCAUGUGCGCGGGGUAUUGCGUGUACGGUAGUAGCACAGACUUAGUGAUUGCAACGAGAAAGAAUACGAGAGUUGUUGGAUGGACGCUCGACCCUUCCUCCAAUACGUACGUGAAAACGCGCGCUGAUAUAUCGAUUCCUCAGCGGGGGAAGAUAUAUAGCAUAAACGAAGGAUACGAACACAAAUUUUCGGAAGGGAUGAAAAGAUACAUUCGCGAUUGUAAAGAAUCGUCGUCUAUGACGGCUCGCUACGUCGGAUCUAUGGUAGCCGACGUGCAUCGAACUUUACUCGCCGGAGGUACGUUUCACUAUCCGCUCGGUAAACUGAGAAUGUUAUACGAAUGUUUUCCGAUGGCACUCAUGAUUGAAGUAGCGGGAGGAUUAUCUAUUUCCGACACUGGGUCGAAUACAUUAGAUAGCGCAGUUGAGUCGAUUCACGAGCGAGGCGCCAUUCACCUUGGAUCGAAGGAGAAUAUGGACGAUCUGAAAAAAUGUUUGAGAUUGUGA